GCGGUGGUUAUGUUAGCUUCUCGAGUCCAGAGAAAAUGUGCAAUUAUAAAAUAUCACGUGGAGUCCGAUUUAAAAGCACAGAAUUUACAUCGCCUCCAGCUUCUGUGAAGGCAAGUCUUCAAGUUUCACCAGAUUUGGCUGCAACUCCUCAGACUCAUCCAGACGACAGAAGCAGCGGAUCAUGGAGCCUUACCUCCAAUCUUUUAAUUGAUGAGCGCAGUGGAGACCCCUCAACUACCGAGGAGAAGUAUUGCCUUAACAGAGUUUCUUCAUCAUCACCAUCAUUAUCAUAAUCAUUAUUACCAUCAUCACCGCUACCACCAUCAGGAGCUGCAGUACCAGCAUCACCUUCGCGCAUUCCUCGGGGCUGUAAGAGCACGAGGUUGCCAGGCUUCGAAUUUCCAAGAAGAUGAACAUCCAAGUCCUGCCAGACAAUAAGCUGUCACCUGUUGCCCCUCUGAAACCUUACAACAAUGUGGAAAAAAAGGAAGUGGAGUUAAUUUUGGUCAAAGAUCGGAAUGGGGUCCAGUAUACCAACUCCACCAUCAUCGCCGCCUCGAGUUCCACCUCUGCUGAGGAAGCGGAGAGAGAGACUUGGGGCAAGAAAAUAGACUUUCUCCUGUCUGUCAUUGGCUUUGCGGUGGACUUGGCCAAUGUGUGGAGAUUUCCAUAUUUAUGCUACAAAAACGGAGGAGGUGCCUUUCUGAUUCCUUACAUCCUUUUCCUCGUCAUCGCUGGGAUGCCCCUGUUUUACAUGGAGCUGGCCCUGGGUCAGUACAACAGAGAAGGGGCUGCUACAAUCUGGAAGAUUUGCCCUGUGUUUAAAGGCGUUGGCUACACAGUGAUCCUCAUUGCUUUGUACGUGGGCUUCUACUACAAUGUCAUCAUAGCGUGGUCUCUGUACUACCUGUACUCGUCAUUCACGCUUGAACUUCCUUGGCAAAAGUGUGGGAAUAGCUGGAACAGCGAAAACUGUACCGAACCAAAGUUCUUCAACGGCUCAUUCCUGAGAAACGUAUCGUACUCCAAGUCUAAGAUCACACCGGCUGCGGAAUUCUAUGAGCGUGCUGUGCUGAACAAGAGCCCAGGCAUAGAGAACCUGGGUGUGCCUCAGAUGCAGCUGGCACUCUGUCUGGUGUUGGUGGUCUUCAUCCUCUAUUUCAGCCUGUGGAAGGGGGUCAAGUCAUCCGGGAAGGUGGUGUACAUCACAGCUACCAUGCCCUACGUGGUGCUGUUUGUGCUCUUCAUCCGCGGCAUCACCCUCCCGGGCGCCAUGGACGGCAUUAAGGCGUACCUCUACAUCGACCUCCCAAAGCUCAAGAACCUCAGGGUAUGGACUGAUGCAGCGACUCAGAUAUUCUACUCCCUGGGAGCAGGCUUUGGGGUUCUGAUCGCAUUUGCCAGCUACAAUAAGUUUGAUAAUAACUGCUACAGGGACGCUCUACUGACCAGCACCAUCAACUGUGUUACCAGUUUCUUCUCUGGGUUUGCAAUCUUCUCUGUGCUGGGAUACAUGGCCUUCAAGCACGGGGUGAAGAUUGAGGAUGUGGCGACCGAAGGGGCUGGAUUGGUUUUUAUCAUCUACCCAGAGGCUAUAUCCACCCUCCCUGGAUCCACCUUCUGGGCCAUAGUAUUCUUCAUAAUGCUUCUAACGCUGGGCAUUGACAGUUCUAUGGGAGGUAUGGAAGCUGUCAUCACUGGCCUCUCAGAUGACUUCAAAUUCCUUAAGAGGAACAGGAAGCUCUUCACAUUUGCCACGGCAUUCGGAACAUUCUUGGUUGCCUUGAUCUGCAUCACAAAUGGAGGGAUAUAUGUCCUGACUCUUCUGGACACUCACGCUGCGGGAACCUCGAUUCUUUUUGGGGUGUUGAUAGAGGCUAUAGGGGUGUCUUGGUUUUAUGGUGUGGACCGAUUCAGCGAUGAUAUCGAACAAAUGAUGGGCUUCAAGCCAGGCUUGUACUGGAGGCUGUGUUGGAAGUUUGUCAGUCCUGCUUUUCUGCUGUUUGUGGUGAUUGCCAGCAUUGUGAACGCUGGUGACCUGAAAUACGAUGACUACACCUUCCCGAAGUGGUCCAAUUAUAUUGGCUGGGGCAUAGCAUUGUCAUCAAUGGUUUUUGUCCCAGUCUACGCCAUCUACAAGUUUAUCACUCUAAAGGGAUCAUUUAAAGAGAGAAUAGCUUACUGCAUUACACCUGAGCAGGAACAUCACCUUGUGGCUGAAGGGAAAGUCAGGCAGUUCAAGUUAAAGCACUGGCUUGCUAUUUGAUACACGAGGCCUGAAUUUGCAACCUGCAAUGCCAGGAGAGCGGAGACAUGCAGUUCUGGCUUCCAAUGAAAGAUGAAUCUCUGUGGAGAAGCUAGACUGUGAAAAGGGAAAUUUUCUGUGUUCUGAAAGACAUGCCAGAUGCGUUUCAUUGGUGUAAUUUUUUGUGGACUCUAUUCAUUUGUUAUUUUUGUUCUGAUAUAAUGAAUGAAACCAUUUCUCGAACCUCAUAAGACUUCAGACAGUGGCACUCUGCUGGAGAAAUCUACUGGUAUAUAUUUUUUUAACGUUGUUUUUGCUUUUGUUGAUUUUUUAAAAAUUAUUUUGUAAUGUGACAUGCUUGUAAAUCAGUUAAAGGGGAAAAUAAUCAUGCCAAAUCACAACCACAGCCAUGAAGGGUCUACAUCUGAGAACUUUGUGUUACAGUACGUACGAUCUUGUGUUUCUUUUUUUCUUUUUUUGUGAACUGCAAACCUUUGAAAGUGAAUUAUUCAUAUGAAUAGGUCAUUUCUUCAAACAAGUAUUUAUUUUUACUCACGUUUCAUCUCUUAAGUUAUGUGUAGGAACAAACUGAUGUUCAAUUGAGUGGGAUCUCAGGAGAUGUGUGGGAAAGACUGAUAACCAAUACCACGUCAUAGUUGUUGGCAGUACCUGUGUAGGGAUUGGCUAAAAGGAUCCUUCAUAUCGGAUACCUUAUGAAUCUGAAUGUCAUCCUAUGUCUACGUAAUAGGAAUUGGAGGUAAACCCAGGCCUCCCAAGAUUCUGUAGAUUUGCAUAUCCCUACAGGUGCCAGAGAUGAGGCAAAGGUAUACAUCAUAUAUACUGUGGCAGAAUCACCAUGUGUAUGAAGCUAAAGCACCUCAUGAUACCUUCAAAUACGCAAAUCGAUGCAUAGUCCAUUUAUAAAAUACCUCUUAGACUGUCUCACACAGGUUUCCACUUGAAAGAACUAUUCUACUCAGUGCCUUAUCGAGCGAGACACUAAAAUAUUGGCAAACUUUCUGUUUCAUUUUCUCUGUGACUUAUUCAGCCAUUCAGAAUCAUUCCAGGUUCUUCAGAUACCUUUGUUUUGAAGGUAAGAUGGUAGAGGUACAAACAGUGGAAUCAUCCGUUUUAUUUCCAAAUGAUCGCUAAAAUAAACCAUUCCAUAUGUAAGAGAAAAGUGAAGAAACUGACACAGAUUUGCAAUGCCAUUCUUUUCAAAAGCUUUAUUACUGUUGUGUUUGCCAAGAACUGUGAGGGCGUACUUUACAGAUCUCAGUAAAAUCCAUUGAAUACUAAAAUAAUCACAGUAAUAGAAAAUAUAAGCAGGUUGUCUUAGGCAGUCAAAACAUUGAAAAGCCAUUGUCAUCGCUUUUCCUCAUUUUCAACAAACUCAGAUUAAUGUAAUAAUGGCGGUGAAUUUGAGUACAUGGAUUUUAUUUCCUUAACUCUGUAUGGUAUAUUUGCACUGUAUUUCUGAUAUUUAUUAUCACAUACAUUCAAUGCCUUGUUCUGUGUUCUGUGUUGCUUAAAAAAAAGUCUGCUUUGCUUCCAAAGACAGAUGUUCAAUGUGUGUAUGUGUGUGUGUGUGUGUUUGUCUGUCUGUGUGUGUGCGCGCUCGCGUGCAUGCGUGCGUGCUUGCGUGUGUGUGUGGUGUUGCUGAUGUUUUUUUUUCCUUCUCUCAUAAUGAUGUGAAGCAACCUCAGUCCAAAAUGACUGUUACGUUAUCUGAAAUGCAUGUUUCUCAAUGAUACAUUUAUUAGUCAAAAUAUUUUCUUUAAGUGUUCUGUAACAUUUUUUACUCGAGUAGAAUAGCCUAAAAAGUGCCAAAAUAUCAUAUUUCAUAUUUAAUCUUUUGUUACUUUAAUUUAUUAAAAUAGUAAAGACUUUAUAAAUUAUAUAACAGGUAGGAGGUAAGACACACAUCAUACGAAACAGAAAUAUGUGUGUUGUAAGAUAUAUAGAAUAUAUAAAUAUAUUCUUUUGGUAUGUAUAAUCUUGUAUUGAUUAAAUUGUUUAUUACAAAACGUGAAUGUAAAGGCUUUUAAAUGUAACUGUCAAAUGUUAUACCAUAGUGUUUGGUGUAGGUAAGAGAAAAUUUAAAAAAUGUAUCUUCAUUGUAACCUAGAGCAACUGGGGCCAGAAUGAAUGUAGACGAGCACCCCAGCAUUACUGCACUAUGUUUACAUAAUAUUGUGUACAAUAUAAAGUCCUGUUGAACGUCAGUGAAAGUUAUCUGUAAAGAAGUUGAAAUAUGCACAUUAUCACAAUAAAGCGUUUCUCCCCCCUUCCCCCUUA